UCGGGAGUGUUAUUGUGCAUUGCCGCAAAAAGUUGUUCAGCUGUUCGGGUACUUUUGUAGACUUGUUUGUUUAUAUAUUAUAUUGUGUAGGUUGUUAAUUUUAUUUUGAGUUUUCGUUUUUAUUCUUAAGUUGCCUUACCAGUGCCUUAAAAUAUCAAUUAGCAAUCUAGAGUGGAUAUAGUUAAAGUAUCAGAAAAAUGUCCAUGCUAAACAGCAAUCACGUGCAACAGGGGCCGUUGAAACAGAACGGCACUAUUGUUACGUCUCCGCUGAACCAUUUGCCGGAGAUUCCGCUGAAAAAACCGAUUCGCCUCAAAAAUAUCGCUUCGAAGAAUGAAACGUUCGACUCGCUACAUCUCUCCGGUGUCAACGAGAAAACACCAUGCUCCGAACGUUCGUGUCUGGGCAGCGUAAUGGCCUUGCCUCAACGAACUGCAGUUAGAGUUUCCGAAGAUGUGUUAGAACAGGCAAAGGAUUUCUUGAAUCAAUACUUUACGUCGAUUAGAAGACAGAACACGCCAGCCCAUGAAGCUCGAUGGGAACAAGUCAAGAAGGAAGUUACCGAAACUGGAACGUACCAACUUACUGAGACGGAACUUAUCUAUGGGGCCAAAUUAGCGUGGAGGAAUGCUUCAAGAUGUAUUGGCAGAAUCCAGUGGUCCAAGUUACAGGUUUUCGAUUGCCGUUAUGUGACCACCACCAGUGGGAUGUUCGAGGCCAUCUGCAAUCAUAUUAAAUACAGCACAAAUAAAGGAAACAUUAGAUCAGCCAUUACAAUUUUCCCACAAAGAACCGACGGUAAGCACGAUUUCCGUGUUUGGAACCCGCAGCUCAUCGCUUACGCUGGGUACCGCCAAGCCGAUGGUACUGUCAUAGGUGAUCCCAUCAACGUCGAGUUCACUGACGUUUGCUUGCAGUUGGGUUGGAAGAGCAAAGGAAGUCGCUGGGACAUACUGCCACUUGUGUUGUCCGCGAACGGACACGAUCCAGAUUUUUUUGAUAUUCCCAAAGAAUAUGUUAUUGAAGUUCCUUUAGUACAUCCCGAAUUCGAAUGGUUCAAAGACUUCGAUUUGAGAUGGUACUGCGUUCCUGCAGUGUCAAAUAUGAUGUUUGAUUGCGGAGGUAUCCAGUUUACAGCUGCGCCCUUCAAUGGAUGGUACAUGUGUACUGAAAUUGGAUCAAGAGAUAUCUGCGAUCCCCAGCGAUUAAACAUGACAGAGAUCGUUGCCUCUCGUAUGGGAUUAGACACUAGAAGCCCAGUUACAUUAUGGAAAGAUAAAGCCUUAGUAGAGUGCAAUCUAGCAGUUCUUCAUAGUUUUCAGCUAAACGGGAUAACUAUCGUCGACCAUCAUACGGCGUCCGAGUCUUUCAUGAAACAUCUCGAAAACGAGAACCGGCUGAGAAAUGGAUGUCCCGCUGAUUGGGUCUGGAUCGUGCCUCCAUUAUCUGGAUCAAUUACGCCAGUGUUUCAUCAAGAAAUGGCUCUGUAUUAUUUGAAACCAUCAUAUGAAUAUCAGGAACCAGCUUGGAAAACACAUCAAUGGGAUGUAUCACGGAAAGGAGAUCCAAAUAACAAGAAGCCAAGGAGGAAAUUCCACUUUAAGCAGAUCGCUCGUGCGGUCAAGUUUACUUCGAAACUAUUCGGAAGGGCUUUGUCCCGUCGCAUCAAGGCCACAGUCCUCUACGCCACCGAAACUGGAAAAUCCGAAAACUUCGCCAAAAAGUUAUGUGAACUAUUCGGCCACGCUUUCAAUGCACAGGUUUACAGCAUGGACGACUACGAUAUAUCCAACAUUGAACAUGAGGCCAUGCUGCUGGUUGUUACUUCCACGUUUGGGAAUGGAAACCCGCCAGAAAAUGGAGAAGAAUUUGCCCAGAAUUUAUAUAAAAUGAAGAUGGCACAAGUUGGGAUUUCGAAUGGUGAAGCAUCUAGUUUAAGUAUGGCAACGUCAAAGUCCUUCAUAAAGGUCAACAGUCAAACUGAAGCUAACGCAAAAUACAAUCAAUUAGACCGACUUAACUCUAUGAAGGGCUCUCUAAAUGAGGCUCUCAUCGACGAUACUUUCGGACCUCUAAGUAACGUUAGGUUCGCAGUAUUUGGAUUAGGUUCAAGUGCCUAUCCACACUUUGCCGCUUUCGGAAAGUACGUGGACAAGUUACUGGGAGAGCUUGGAGGAGAACGAAUUAUGAAACUGACCACGGGAGAUGAGCUUUGUGGACUAGAACAAGCUUUCAACGAGUGGGCACCACAAGUAUUUACGGUUGCCUGUGAUACAUUCUGUCUUGACGAUGUAGUUGUUGAUAUAGACGAUGCUAGGAAUAGAAUGGAUAAGGAAUUGACAGAACAAAAUGUAAGAUUCCUUGAAAGACCAACAACUGCUCCUGUAGAGGGAUUAUCUAAAUGUCACAAUAAAAAAAUAAACGCAACAAAACUUAUUCGAAGAACCAAUUUACAUAAAAAAAAUGAUCCAAAAUCCACGAUGCUUCUGGAAUUUUCUUCAACUUCGUCAUACAAACCUGGUGAUCAUCUUGCCGUCUAUCCAUUGAAUAGGUCAGAACUUGUGGAUGGAGUCAUUAAGAAGUUAAGGGGUGCUGACAAUCCCGAUGUUCCUGUAGAGUUGCAAUUGAUGGAGGAGACCACUACAUCAAAUGGUAUCGUUAGGAAUUGGAAACCCCAUCAAAGAUUACCCAGUUGUUCCAUUAGGGAACUAUAUCAGAGGUACUUAGAUAUUACCACUCCAGCAACACCAAAUUUAUUAAAAUACUUCGCAUCCAUAGCAACUAGUGAAGAGGAUAAGAAACAACUAACUUUACUUGCCACAGACUCCGCUUCAUAUGAAGAAUGGCGACACUGGAGGUACCCCCAUCUGUUAGAAGUUUUAAAUCAAUUCCCCUCGGUUCUACCUCAUGCCGCUCUCCUUUCCGCACAAUUAAGUUUACUUCAACCGAGAUAUUACUCUAUAUCUUCAAGUCAGCGCCUAAAUCCCAAUGAAAUCCAUCUGACAGUAGCUGUUGUACAAUAUAAAACUCAAGAUGGAGCAAGUGACUUACAUUAUGGUGUUUGCUCAAAUUACUUGAAGGAAGUUGACUUAAACACUGAAGUGUAUACUGUAGUUCGAAGUGCGCCAGGAUUUUAUCUACCAACAGAUGAGUCCAUUCCGAUUAUUGCAGUAGGUCCAGGAACUGGAAUUGCACCAUUCCGAGGUUUCUGGCAAGAAAGGGCGGCCCUACUAAAAGAAAAACCCGGUAACUUAGGCAAAAUGUGGUUAUUCUUCGGUUGCAGAACGAAAGAUAUGGACCUGUUUGGAGAGGAAAAGGACGAAAUGGUUAAACUGAAUGUUAUGGACCGUACGUUCCUUGCUUUAUCCAGAGAACCUGGUGAACCAAAGGUCUAUGUACAAGAUUUAGCCUUACAAGAAUCGGCUGCAAUUUACCAACUUCUGGUUAAGGAAAAAGGUCAUCUAUACAUUUGUGGAGACAUUACCAUGGCUGAAGAUGUCUACCAGACAGUCCAAAACAUAAUUCAGAAAGAAGGAAAAAUGAGAGAUUCAGAAGUGCAGUCAUAUAUGUUAGCAUUGAGAGACGAAAAUAGAUAUCACGAAGACAUAUUUGGUGUAACUUUAAGGACUGCUGAAGUUCACAAUCGAUCAAGAGAGUCAGCAAGAAUACGAUUGGCUACGGAAUCUUAACAAUAUUAGACCAUUUUAGAUUUAAGAGAAUCUAUUAUAUAUUAAAUAAUAUAGACCAAUCUGAAACAA